AUGCCGGUGUUUCGCAUGAAAACAGCGGUUCCGCUGAUUGCCCUUUUCUCAAUCGCCUUUUUCUUCUGGUGCGUUGAGCGCUUCGAUCGGGCGGCUUUCUUGCGUUUCAAGCAGCCGGCCGAUCACGUCGCUGGAACAACCUCGCCUCAAAUUCAGCUACAGCCUACGUCGCCCUCGACGAAGUCCUGCGAUGUCGACCCUAAUAUCCAGCCUCCUCUGCCUAUGGCUGAAUGGCUCCCACGCAAGAACUACACUCGUGCCUAUUUCCGUCCUCACCAUGUCAGCCCCAAGGCCGAGUUCAGCUCCUUGGAGAGCAUCGAGGUUCCCGUUCUUCCUCCUAUGACCGUUAUGGAGCGCGGUAUGAUCGUCUCACCCGACAACAAGGAAUCGUCCCUGCCUUGCCCGCCCAUCAUUGAUGUUAAUGUCGCCGCUGAUCACGAGGUGGACGAGACUGACAAGCUUCUUUUUGGUCUCGCCACCACUGCCGACCGUCUCGAUCGCCUGCUGCCAUCCCUCCUCUACUCCUACGGCAACACCAAGGUCGGAUUGAUCGUGCUUGUUCCCGAUUCUGACGACGACAUUCCCAAGCAGGAAACUUACUUCCGUAACCGCGGUCUGGAUUUGACCCUCAUUCAAUCCCCUCUCGAUUUCACCGCUCGUUACUUCGGUCUUGUGCAGGCGUUUGCGGAACACAUCAAGACUAAGCGCCCUCAAACCCAGUGGGUCAGCUUCAUCGAUGACGAUACCUUCUUCCUGUCUCUCCCCACGGUUGCCGAGGAAUUGAAGCUCUUUGAUGCGAGCAAGAAGCACUACAUCGGUGCUCUGUCCGAGGCUAGCUGGCAGGUGGACACUUUCGGUCACAUCGCUUUCGGCGGUGCUGGUGUUUUCGUUUCGAAGCCGCUGCUCGAUGUUUUGGUGGACAAAUACGAUGAGUGCCAGUCUUGGGGCGAGCAACCGGGUGAUCAGAAGCUUGGCCAGUGCAUUCAGCGUUACGGAGACACCCCCCUUACUCUCUGGCCCUCUCUCUACCAGAUGGAUAUGAAGGGUGAAGUCGAUGGUGUGUACGAGUCUGGUCGCAAGAUCGAGUCUCUUCACCACUGGAACAGUUGGUACACCAAGGACGUGGUCAAGAUGACCACUGUGGCUGCAGCUGCAGGUCGCCGCUCAGUUCUUCGCCGUUGGGUCUUCGAUCAGGAGGAGAUCGUCAACAAUGCUACUGGACGGUCAACCCGCACCUUCUGGGUCUUCACCAACGGAUACUCACUUGUCAAGUACACUUACGAUGAGAACACCCCCGAUGAUGCCAUUAACUUCGACCAUGCCGAGAAGACUUGGGAAGAAGACCCCCGCGGUUAUGAGGCCCGCCUCGGUCCUCUCCGCUGGAGGGAUCAGGACGGUGUCACCAAGGACCGUUGGUUGUUGCGUGAAGCCUAUGUUGUGGGUGACAAUGUUCACCAGUGGUAUGUGCGUGAGGAAGAUGAAGGCCACAGCGUGAUCGAGAUUGUCUGGCUCGGUCCUAAGGGCGGUGGCGGUGCAGGCAUCAAGGACUUUGCUGUUCGCAGACAACACUGA